CUCGCGCAGUGGAGCGAGACGGCGGCGAAUGACAAUAAAAUCAGAGACCAACCGACAACACUCGCCACAAACAACCCCCGAAAACACCCCACAAACAAUGGACGUAACGGGCAACCCGGCUAUUGACAGCAGUUCCGUGGGAGUGGGGCUGCCCUCCGUGGGUGCAAUGGAGCUGUCUGUGCCCAGUUCGGGAAAGCGCAUCCGCAAGCCAUCGCUCCUCUUCGAGGGCUUCGAGUCCCCGGCACUACCGCACGCCCCCGUGCCGGUGCCUCCUCCCCAGCAGCCUCCCGUCAAGGACCCCAACCGGCAGGGCCGCGCCACCAACCAGCUGCAGUUCCUCCAGAAGGUGCUAGUCAAGGCUCUGUGGCGCCACCACUUCGCCUGGCCCUUCCAUGAGCCUGUGGACGCGGUGCGACUCAACCUGCCGGACUACCACAAGAUCAUCAAGCAGCCCAUGGACAUGGGCACCAUCAAGAAACGUCUGGAGAACAACUACUACCGCUGUGCCAGCGAAUGCAUUCAGGACUUCAACACCAUGUUCACCAAUUGUUACAUCUACAACAAGCCCACGGAUGACAUAGUACUGAUGGCCCAGUCCCUGGAGAAGGUCUUUCUGCAAAAGAUUGCACAGAUGCCCCAGGAUGAGAUUGAGUUACCCCCUCCCAUCCCAAGGGGUAGAGGGGUCAAGGCUGGCAAAGGGCGCCGGGGUAGAGGAGGUGGUGUAACUGCAGCUCAGCAGGUCCCCGCUGUGUCCCAGUCCGCCUCGUACUCGCCUUCCUCUCCAGAUACUCCGGACUCCAGGUUUUCCGGCUCUCCUCACAUGCUGCUCAGCAAGCCUCCACCCCCCUCCCUCAUGGCUCUGCCUCCCACACAGCCUACAGCUAAGAAAAAAGGGGUGAAGCGCAAAGCGGACACCACCACCCCCACCACGGUGGCAUUCCCCGCGGCAGGCCGCAUGGCAGGUAUGGGGAAAGGAAGGGGGGCCAUGCCCGGUGGCAGCGGCGUCGGCGUCGGCCUGCCCCUCUCGCUGUCCCCGACACCCCUGGAGCGCGUGCCCGGUUUGGUGCGGGGCGUCGGCACCGGCGAGCCCGUGCGCCUGCAGCCCGUCAUGGGCCGGGCGCCAUCGGGCCGGCCCGUCAAGCCCCCGCGAAAGGACUUGCCCGAGUCAGCGCGGCCGCGGCGGCCGGCUCGCCGAGGCAAGCUGACGGGGCAGCUGCGCUACUGUAGCGGCAUCCUGAAAGAGCUGCUGUCCAAGAAGCACACGGCCUACGCCUGGCCUUUCUACACACCCGUGGACGCCUCCACCCUGGGCCUGCACGACUACCACCACAUCAUCAAACACCCCAUGGACCUCAGCACCAUCAAGAGAAAGAUGGAUGAGCGGGAAUACCGGGAUGCCCAGGAAUUCAGCGCUGAUGUCCGGCUCAUGUUCUCCAACUGCUACAAGUACAACCCCCCCGAGCAUGACGUGGUUGCUAUGGCACGUAAACUGCAGGACGUGUUUGAGUUCCGCUUUGCUAAGAUGCCGGAUGAGGUUCUGGAGGAAGAGGAGGAUGAGGAGCCGGCGGCCGCUCCCCUGGGCCGCGGCGCCAGCAUGGCGGCCAUGCACCGCUCGUCUUCGUCCUCCUCCUCCUCCUCCUCGUCCUCCUCCUCCUCGCCCUCCUCUUCCUCUGAGAGCGAGCCCAGCAGCGAGAGCGAGCCCAGCAGUGAGAGCAGCCCCAGUUCAGACAGCGAGGAGGAGAGAGCCCAGCGUCUGGCCCAGCUGCAGGACCAGGUGUGCACGCAGCUCCGCGCCGUGCAUGAGCAGCUGGCGGCACUUUCCUCUGGCCCCAUCGUCAAGCCCAAGAGGAAGCGCGACAAGAAGAAGGACAAGAAGAAGAGGAGGAAGCCGGACAAACGCAAGGGUGGCCGUGGCGACGAGCGUGACAGGGAGAAGCCGGCCAGGGUGAGCAAGACCAAGUCCAGCAGGGCGACGCCCUCGUCCAGCCAGAGCAAGAGAGGCCCCGCCAAGAAGAACAGCAAGAGCAAUAAGGCGUCUAAGAAGUCUUCUGCGGCAGCAGCAGCGGCGGCGGCGGCGGCGGCAGCGGCAGCACGCUUCUCUGCACCGCCGUGCGACUCGGAGGAGGAUGAGGAGGGCGUGCCCAUGAGCUAUGAUGCCAAACGCCAGCUCAGCCUCGACAUCAACAAGCUGCCCGGCGAGAAGCUCGGCCGCGUCGUGCACAUCAUCCAGUCGCGCGAGCCGGCGCUGCGCGACACCAACCCCGAGGAGAUCGAGAUCGACUUUGAGACGCUCAAACCGUCAACGCUGCGUGAGCUCGAGCGCUACGUACUCAGUUGCCUGCGCAAGAAACCGCGCAAGCCAUAUGUGACGAAGAAGGGGGGUGGUGGGAAGUCUCGUGAGGAGCUGGCCCUGGAGAAGAGGAGGGAGUUGGAGAGGAGGCUUCAGGACGUGAGUGGCCAGCUCAACUCUGUCAAGAAGCCUCAGAAACCCAAAGUGGAGAAGCCCAGCGGCGUAGAGCCCCAUGCGGCGGCCACCCGCCUCAGUGCUAGCAGCUCCAGCUCCGACUCAUCUUCAUCCUCCUCCUCGUCCUCUUCCUCAGACACCAGCGAUUCAGAUUCCAGAUGAUCUGUGUCUUAGUGAGGCCAUGGGAUGGGGAGCGCAGAGCAGCGCUGUACUGCCUGCCCUACGGGAGGUUGCCUAGCAAACUGGACUGGGGUGAUGUAGCCCUUGGCUGAGGUGAUGUAGCCCUUUGGGUGGGGUGAUAUAGCCCUUGGCUGGGUCGUGGGGGUGGGUGUAGAAAGAGAGCUUGACUCCCAACACCGAUUUCUUUGCAGAGGACACAGUUACGUGAAACUGCAGAUUCCAGAAACAUUGUUAGUGUGUUUUGAGAAUUGUUUGUUUAAAAAAAAAAAAAGAAAAAGAAAAAAAUGUACAUAAUCUAUCUGAUUACUUUUUCUUUUAUAAAGAAGAGUUUUAUAAAAGUGCCCAUAGUGGGAGACUUUAAAUGGGAUGAUGUGGCUAUAGAAACUGCUCUGCUAUCUUUAGUUGGAGAUAUCUGAAAUAGGUCUUUUUGUUUGUGUUCUGUGUGGAUUUAAAGAUCUGUAGAAAUCCCUUUUUCUCCACACCACACCGUUUGAGUUCCUGAAAUUUGACCUUUUUCUUAAUUUGAAGCAAAGCGGUGAUUAAAUGAACAUGUAAUCCUUUAAAUAGUGGGCCUGUCUUUGAGGAGCACACGCUUCAGAGUUUGGAGCACAUGUUUCAAAAGAGAAACAGGAAGCAAACAUUCCACUACAUAUGCAAAGGUGGAAGGAGCCUCCUGCUCUUCUGACUGCAUUGGCAGAUUUUUAAAAAAAAGUUUCUUUAUGUGUAAUGACUAGCCAAAGGGAGACAGAUCUGUCCUAAUACUUUGUACAGACAGACUCCUGGGUUCAUCUUAAUGCACUGCAGACAUUGCAAUGACCAAAAAAUAGAUCAUUUAAUUCUGCCUGCUUCCUCUUGAGUAUUCAGGUUUCUUUGUUUUAAUGUUUUUACAUCAUUACGAACAUGACUUCCAGGUUUUGCUCUUCUCCAGCCAUCAGCUUUGGGCCGGAGUUCAUUAGCGUUGUCCAUUACCAAACCAGAUUAGCUGGCCCAUGGAUCCUGUUUGAAGUUCAGGCUAAUAUUACCGGGUUAGUAUGACAUCAGUCGCAUAAUGCUAACUGGGUUCCUGAUAGCAUUCAUUGAGCAUUAGCCACAUUAGGGAUGCGGGAAGAAUGACUGCAUUACGGGGAGGGCUUUGGCCCCUGGGGCCCUUACCUAACUUGGCGGCAGGGACAUGGCUGGAACACACAGGCGAAUGGACUUCUGGUUGGACUAGAGAGGACCGCAGAGAGACAUAAAAGCAAAGCAACGAUCUUUUAUUAUACAUUUACUGUAUAUAAACUCAGCUGACCAUGUUUGUAGUUUAUUUUUUUCCCUUUGUAUGAAGUGGCGUUGUUCUAACUUUUUUUUUUUAUUAUAUAGGAUAACAUCUGAUUCUGUGACCCUUGUUAGCCACACGUGCAACAUUUCUGCGAUAUUUAUAUUUAAGAUAUUAUUCUCAUUGAAUUGUAUAUUUAGUUUGAUUUUAUUUGCCUGCAAAUACAAAUCUGCCAACUCGCUUAUACAAAUAUUGUGUGUUGUUCCUGGUAAACCUUUUAGUCAUUGGCUCCUGUUGCAUGUUACAUUAAUUUUACUUUACUGGGAAUUGGGGUGUGGGUGUGUGUUCUUGUAUUAAUUCCCCUCUUACUCAGGAGAGAAUCCUGUGUAUGAAGGCAGUGUGAUUUGAUUGUGGUCAUUGGUUCACACAUUAGUGAGUUUGAUCGCAGGACGAACAGCUGUAUAUGUCUGAACAUCCCGUAACAUUCUUCACAUGCACACCAAAAACCAAGACACAGAUGCAUUUGACUGGCUGAGGCAGCCCACUUCCUAAUAUGACUAUGCUGCAGCCAUUUUUGGACUCCUACUGUAGACGUCUUAUUGACUGCAAACUUGCCCAAUAUUAGGAGCAUCUGAACAUGUCAGCAUUCAGAGGCUGGAAAGCAACAGGGGCACGCCAUGAGGUGACUGGAUCACAAGUGAUGCUUGUUGGUGGCCGUUGAAACUCAUAGACGCACAGUUACCAUGGAAACAAUUUUCUGGUUUAAGUGACAUACACCCAUGCACAUUGAACAAAAACAAGUUUUCUUUGUUUUGCAGUUGCA